AAAACACACACAAAACCCUAAAACACUCAUCAACACCUUAAACUUAUUAGUGUCUAAUGGCACUCGUUAAUGACCAUCCCAACGAGCCAACGUACGUCUCAAAACAAAACUCCUCAUCCCAAGAUCUCUCAUCACCGGAGAACUACGGAUUGGAUCAGCCGGACGCAGCUUAUGCCGGAGGUGGAGGACAUUCGGCCUCGAGCAGCAGCACGUUGAAUUCAGAUCAUCAACAAAAUCCUCAAGGGUUUGUAUUUUACCCUUCCGGCGAAUCCGUUGAAGAUCACAACUCUUUGUUAGAUUUCAACGGAUCCUCUUUUCUUAACUUCGACCACAACGAUGAUCGUCAUGAGAGCUUUCCUCGUCCAACCAUAAGUUGCGGUGGUGGUGGCAGUGGCUUCUCUUUUUUGGAAGGCAACAACAUGAGCUACGGCUUCACAAACUGGAACCAACAUCAUAUGGAUAUUAUUAGCCCUAGACACAUCGAAACUCCGGGGACAAACCAAGUCAAUAAAGACUGGUUGUACUCUGAUUCAACUGUUGUAACCACUGGUUCUAGACAUAAGUCUGUCUCGCCUAAAUCCACUGGACAUAAACGUUCUUAUACGGGAGAGAGCAGUCAACCACCCUCAAAGAAACCCAGUGGCGGCGCAAAAGGGAAAGCUAAGCCUAAGCCAACAACUUCACCUAAAGAUCCACAAAGCCUAGCAGCCAAGAAUCGAAGAGAAAGAAUAAGUGAACGUCUCAAGAUACUGCAAGAACUUGUUCCCAAUGGCACCAAGGUUGAUCUGGUAACGAUGUUAGAGAAGGCCAUUAGUUAUGUAAAGUUUCUUCAAGUUCAAGUUAAGGUACUUGCGGCCGAUGAGUUUUGGCCGGCACAAGGAGGGAAAGCUCCAGAUAUUUCUCAAGUUAAAGACGCCAUUGAUGCUAUCCUCUCUUCAUCACAACGAGGCAGGAAUUCGGAUCCAGUCACCAAUUAAUGAAGAGUUUAAAUGUAAUGUAAUUUAAUUAAUUACUCAGCAGUAUUACGUUGUAGUAAUAUCGGGAAGCACAAUGAUUCUCUCGAGAGCUUCCACAAAAAAAGUUUUAAAUACGUUCCAAAGAUUAAAUAACGUUAAAUAUGUGAAAAAUCGAGAAGUUCUUAACACAUCAAUAUUGAAGAGAAGACAAGAGAUAUUCAAAGCACCGAUGA